AUGUCUGUAAAGCAAUUCUACUUGCUGGGCGAGUCCAGUACUUCCGCUCGUAAUGUCGAGCUGGAAUCGACACUUGAUUAUGCUGGAAUUCAACUCUGGAUUGCAGGACAAUUUGCCAUUGUUGAGCCUAGUGGAAUUUCUUUCCAGACAGAAGAUGCAGAAUUAUCUACUCCAUCAGAAAUUCUCGCCAGCGAGCAGCCGAUCGCCAUUGCCAUCGAUGGCAAGGCUGUACGAGAGAUUCCCGGCCCCAAGGGUCUUCCUUUCGUAGGAAACUUCUUCGAGAUCUACCCCGAUCACUUAGGAAACCACCAGCGUCUCUUUGACCAAUAUGGUCCAAUCUUCAAAACCACCAACAUGGGCCGCACAAUCUACCAGACCAACGAUCCCCAAUUAUCGCAGAUCGUCUUUUCCGAGUCGGACUUCUUCACCAAGAAAAUCAACGCAUCCCACCCCUUGUACCCAAUCAAGAACCAAGAGGCUGGUGUCUUCUUGGGAGAUACCGACACCCCCGAGUGGCGCGCCGCUCACAAGUUCCUUCCCCCGGCUCUGGGCCCCAAGGCCGUCCGUCACUAUGCUCCGACCAUGCAACAGACCGUCGAAGAUUCCUUCUCUGUGUUCGACGAAUUUGACGAGCAAGGCGAAGCAUGGAACGUCUAUCAGUAUAUGCUAAAAUUGGGCUCCCAGGCUGUGGGCAAGCUCGUUUUGGGCAUCGACUUCAAUCACUUCACAUCUGCAAAUGCUCCUCCUCACGAGAUGGUCGUCCGUAUUGCCGAAUCACUUACUCUCAACAAAAAGAUCGCCGCUUGGGGAGACUGGUAUGGCAAGUUGCCGUUUGGAGAUCCGCAGAAAUUGCGUAAUGCGCGCGAACGAGUUACCGAAAUGGUUUUGGAGUCUAUCGCGAACGCCGCACGUGGUGGUGUGGAAGAUCUUCCCCUUCAGGAUGCGGCUCUGCAGGCAUCUAACAUGGUUGACUACAUCAUUCGUGCUACGGAUAACAAGGGAGAGAAAUUGCCCGAAACCAGCUUGAUGUCAGCCUUGGUCGUGGCCACCGGCGCCGGUUUCACCACAACCAGCUCCCUACUCUCCUGGUUGAUUUACUCCCUAGUCAACUACCCCGGCAUGCAAGACCGCCUCCUCCAAGAACUGAUCGACCACGGUAUCGACGCCGACACCCAGAUCACCGCCGAUCUCACCGACAAACUCACCUUCCUGGACAAAUUCAUCAAAGAGACUCAACGCCGACACAACCCCUCGUACCAGCCCGCUCGCACAGCAAAGGUCGACAUGAUUCUUCCGGGUGGCUACAAACUCCCUCAAGAAUCUGUCGUCAUCCCCGCCAUUCAUCACGUACACAAUAACCCCGCCGUCUGGGAUAAUCCCGCCCGCUUUAACCCCGAUCGCUGGGAUACUGAUGAGGUGAAGAACCGUCAUAAGGGCGCUUAUACUCCCUUUGCCUCGGGCCCGCGCAUGUGUAUCGGCUUCAAUUUCGCCUUGCAGGAGGUCAAGGUGUUUUUGCCUAAGUUGGUUUAUCGGUAUAAGUUUACGCGUGAGAAUGAUGGCACUAUCGAGUAUGAUCCUAUGUUCCAGUUGAUCCGACCGAAUAAUUUAUAUGUUCGGGCUGAACGCCGCGUGAAGUGGCCUCCGAAGACGGAGUGA